AUGAUUGCAGACGCCAUGGCCAAGGUCGGUGGAAGUGGUGUGAUCUCUUUGGAGGAGUCCCAGUCGACCACUACCGAAGUGGAAUUGACAGAGGGAAUGAACUUGGACAAGGGAUAUCUAUCUCCGUACCUGUGCCUCGAUGCAUCCAACCCGACGAGUCGAACUUGGGAAGCGAAUGCACCGCUCGUCCUGGUCACGGACCAGAAGAUCUCCAUGGCCCAACAGGAGUUGAUCCCCAUCUUGACCAUUGCAAAGCAGAUGUCUAAGCCACUCCUUGUUGUGGCGGACACCAUCGAGAAAGAGGUGCUGGCGACGUUGAUCGUAAACAAAAUUCGAGGCAUUGUCGACUGCUGUGCGAUUCAAGCACCCGGUUUCGGUGACAACCGAAAGGCCAUUCUGCAGGACAUUGCCUUGGUGACCAACGCCACGUACAUCACAGAGGACCUGGGCCGCAAGUUAGAGUCCAUCACGGCCGAGGACUUCGGCUCAGCCCGCCGAAUAUCCGUGGGCAAGGACUCGACCACGAUUGUGGCAGAUGCACCCAAAGAGGCUCUGGAAGAGCGCUGCGAGCAGCUCCGAAGGCAGAUCGAGGAGACGAAGAGCAGCUACACGAAGGAGCAGCUCGAGAAGCGCCUCGCCAAGCUUGUGGGCGGCGUUGCCCUGAUCAAGGUUGGUGCGACAACGGAGACUGAGUUGAAGGACAAGAAGCUCCGACUGGAGGAUGCGAUCAAUGCGACCAAGGCCGCAGUGGAUGAAGGCAUCGUACCCGGCGGCGGUGCAGCUCUGUGCCACCUCUCGCAAGCGCUGCGGUCGUGGGCACCGGAGAAUCUCUCAGAGGACGAGCUGAAGGGCGCCCUCAUCGUUGCCGACUCCAUGAGUGCACCUCUCAAGCGCAUUGCGGCAAACUCUGGCCAAAAUGGCGAGCUCGUUGCUGAAAAGGUUGCAGAUACAGCAGACACGAAGCAAGGCUUUGACGCGCUAAUGUUGCAGUAUGCGGAUAUGCUCGAGCGGGGCAUCAUCGAUCCGGCGAAGGUCACUCGAUCCGCCCUGCAGAAUGCAACCUCCAUUGCAGCCAUGAUUUUGACUACCGAGUGUGUGGUCGUCGAUGCUGACAGCAAGGAUGACGAUGCCGACGAUGGGGAGGAGGAUUUUGACGAUUACUGA